GAACCGGAGUCGCACCGGAACAAGAUGACAAUUUGAGGGCAAUUAAGGCUUUAUUUACCGGGAUAACAUGGCUUCUCUUGAGACUCUACACUUCGCAGCAUAGGCUAUGAUAUGAAAGCCAGCCUUUACAUUGACGUGAUUGGUUACAAAGAAACACUAUUGUGACAUCAGAAACAAAAGAGAAAAUACUCACAUGAAUUGAGUUGACGUGAAUUUCCACAUGGUUUGUCUUAAAGCUUAUGAAAAACACCACAUAAACAUAUAAACAACAUCAAUAGCUACUUGAUUUUUACCACAGGGGGACUUCAACUUACUUCUCCUGCGUCCUUCACCAGAAUGGCAGCACUGCUGAAAGGAGGGAGACAGUGAAGAUGGCUUACCAUCAGCCAACGCUGGCAGGCAGACCAAUGCUGAUGAAAGAAUGCUCAAAAAGAGUGUAUCAGGGAGUCCGAGUCAAGCACACCGUGAAAGAUCUGCUGGCAGAAAAGAGGUCGCGGGAGACGAGCGGGCCGCACUACACGGGUGGAUCCUCUCCUCCGAGUCCGUUAGUUCAAAUGACUGGUUCUCACAUGCUUCCGAGUUACUACGGCAUGAGAAGACCUUUCAUUUCAGACACAGAGUUUUGUUCCUCAGCGAAACCAUUUUCUACUGAUGUCUACCCCUCAUCGCUAACUGGAAAGUCUCUGUCAUGUGACACCGGAUGCAUGUCUGGUUAUUCCUCUCUCAUAGACAGCUACUACCCGGAGUCUUUUGGAGACUACCGCAGUGCACCUUUCUCCAGCGGAGGAAGUGCAAUAUUCUCACCAUCUGCAUUGUCUUCUCUACUCCCUCCAUACUCCAGUGACCCUUCACAUUAUUUGCUGAGGGACUCUUGGGAGCCCACGGGGACCGAUGUGGUGGAGGGUUUGUGUGGAGAUGGUCUGGCUCCCAUGCCCCUAUCUACACCCAGUUCUCUGGUCAACCCUGAGACCGCCAGCCCGACCCAGUUUCGCUCAUCUUCCCGCAUGACGUCUUCACAGCCAUACUCUCUCCAUUCACUGGAUGAUGUCAAUUAUCACUCCUCGUUUCAAUCCUCGUCUGGCAGUUUUGCUCCCCCUUCUUUCUUGACUGAGCCUGCGACCAAACUAGUGCCAGUUCUACCAUCAGAAGAUACAGAAAGCGCCCCUUCAGCCUUGAGUGACAGUCUGGUAUGGGGCAAAGAGGACACUGGUGGCACUUGGUCACAGUAUGAGGUCAGGAGGACGUUCUGAGAUUGAACUGUAUAAGGAAGCAAAGGCUUAAAGCCUAGCAGAUCAACACCUCUUCAAAACACAAGUAAGGCAAUUAGCACUAAAAUCUUUGUGUCAGUUUUACUUAGCAGAGCUAAGGCUUAACAUUGGGGAACAAACAUUGUAUCUUUAUGUUUUAUUUGUAUUGUUUAUUAUAAUGGUACCUUGAAUUUUCGAGUCAUCGCAAGUUAUAUUGGACAAUUAGGAUAAUAAUCAGUAUGAGACUGCAUGUAUAGACCAUUUCACAAGAUGUAAACAACACUGGUCCAGAAACACUUCCUGUUUCAGUUUUUUAACACUACA